AUGGAGACAGAAAACAGGACAGUUGUCACAGAAUUCAUCCUCAUAGGACUCACACAGUCACAGGAAAUUCAGCUCUUGGUCUUUGUUCUGAGCUUAAUUUUCUACACCAUCAUCUUGCCUGGAAAUGUCUUCAUCAUCCUCACCAUCUUAUCAGACCCUGGGCUCGGUGCCCCACUUUAUUACCUCCUGGGAAAUUUGGCUUUCCUGGAUGCCUCCUAUUCCUUCAUCGUGACUCCCAGGAUGUUGGUGGACAUCUUCUCUGAGAAGAAGGUAAUCUCCUAUAAAGACUGCAUCACUCAGCUAUUUUUCUUGCACUUUCUUGGAGGAGGGGAAUUUUUACUUCUGGUUGUGAUGGCCUUCGACCGCUACAUUGCCAUCUGCAGGCCUUUACACUAUUCCACUGUCAUGAGCCCUAGAGCCUGCUAUGUGAUGCUGUUGGCUCCAUGGCUUGGAGGCUUUGUUCAUUCCGUAAUUCAGGUUGUCCUCAUCCUCCGCUUGCCUUUCUGUGGUCCAAACCAUCUGGAUAAUUUCUUCUGUGAUGUUCUUCAGGUCAUCAAGCUUGCCUGCACAGACACCUUUGCUGUUGAGCUCCUAAUGAUAUUCAACAGUGGCCUGCUUACCCUUGUCUGCUUCCUUGGGCUGCUGACUUCCUAUGCAGUUAUUUUAUGCCAUGUUCACAGGUCAGCUUCUGAAGGAAAGAACAAAGCUAUAUCGACAUGUACCACUCAUGUCAUAAUUAUAUUUCUUAUGUUUGGACCUGCAAUCUUCAUCUAUACACGCCCAUUCACAGCUUUAGCAGCUGACAAGGUGGUUUCUUUCUUCCACACUGUAAUAUUUCCCUUGAUGAAUCCUGUGAUUUAUACCCUUCGAAACCAGGAAGUAAAAACUUCUAUGAAAAAGUUAAUCAUUCGCCAUAUAGUUUGUUAA